GGUCUGAGCCUUGCCCCUAACUCAUGUGCUGGGAAAGCUCCUAAAGCUUGCUCUGGGCUUCAGCCAGUGCCAAGCACAGGGGUGUGGAGGUUGAGAAGAUAAUCAGCCAAGUGUGCUUCAAAUGCUAGGACUGAAAGAGUUAGCAUCCCCUUAUGAAUAACCAAGCCCUGACGCUAUUGCUGUGUUCCUGGCUCUUAGAUAUGGAGGCAGUGAGAAGGUACCUUGAUCUGGACUGAGCAGACCCUAUCUCAACAUGUGGGCACAAGAGAGGGUUGUCUCAGAGGAGCAGUGGUGCACCCGGUCUUUUCCCAGUGUGUUCUACCCAUUACUAGUGUGGAUGAGGCUACCUGGAUGCAAAUUGCAAGUCAAAGAAGCUUUCAGCAUCUGGUACAGAUGCACACUCCAGCCAGGAGCACUGAAGCAGUGGUGGGGAGAAGAUGAGCUUGACCUAAACGUGACCUAAACAGCAUGGGAAGAGGCCUUCCCUGAGCGCGACUGCUUCUCUAGUGCAUGUUUCACUCUCCUUUUCCAACCAUUAACCUUCAAGGAUAUCUGACAUUAGUCCUUUCCCUGUUUCAUACUUUCUUCCUGGAUUUUCCCUCCCUUUCCAUAACUUCUGGUAUUGGGAUCUCCUAAAAUGCUGCCAGUGGCCUUAUUUAGUGUGAAGCACAUUGGAUCUGUUACAGACAAACUUUUUGCCCUGGGAGGACUUGUUGGCUGAGGUGCUUGGAGGGAUGUACAAGGGCAGGACCUGAAGCAAUGCUGGUGGAGAAAGGCAGUGUCUGGCCUGGCUUCCACUGCCUGCUGGGCAGCUGUCCCUGUGUGCUUCCUUCUGCCCAGACACUGCAGUGGUGGCUCAGACCCAUUUCUCAGCUGCUGCCUGGAGCCAGUCAUCAUAUUCAGAGGAACACAAUGCCUCUCACCAAGCUCUGCUGGAAGGAGACAAAGCACUUGCUGCGCCUGCUCCUCUCUUCAGGACUUUAUUUCCCUGUGCAGAAUGUACGUGGUAAUGAAUUCCCGGACUCCUGCAAGUAUCGGUUUUCUCUUGGGUGGUCAGCGGGAGCUCCGCAUGGUGUAUCAGAGGAGCCAGCAACAGACAUCUCGCGGUUUUUGCUCACUUGGGGAGCCUGUGCGCUCAUCUCCACGUGGGGGGACUCUCACCUGCCUGCCACACACCUUCCAGCAGCGCUGGUUGUGCUUGCGGGUGCAGGCAAUGGCCCUUCUCUGGCAAACGGCCACACUGCAGUAAAACUUCCUGCUGUGAAAACAGCUGGCUUGCAAGAGAAAUAUAAGGUGCCCUUUGAAACCAAGCAUGCCAGGAGCAGCUAGCAAAGUAGCAGCAGAAGAGUGAUGGAUCUACAUCAGCUUAAUGCUCAGGACUCUUCUGAUGACAUGAGGAAAGUCCAAAGGAGGGAGAAGAAUCGCAUUGCUGCCCAGAAGAGCCGCCUGAGGCAGACCCAGAAAGCAGACACGCUGCACUUGGAGAGCGAAGACUUGGAGAGGCAGAACGCUGCGCUGCGCCGGGAGAUCAAGCAGCUGACGGAGGAGAUGAAGCACUUUGCCUCGAUGCUGAGCUCCCACGAACCGCUCUGCUCCAUCCUGACGUCCCCGCCGCCGCCUCCAGAAGUGCUUUACGCCACACACUCCUUCCACCAACCCCAUAUCAGCUCCCCACGCUUCCAGCACUGAGCCAGCCAGUGGGAUGACAGCCUGCCAGCUCCACCAACAGCAAGAAGCAACUUCGUGGGGCUCACUUUUCCAUCCAAGGGAGAAGGAUAAAAGGAAGGACGGACAGGCAUCCCUUCUUAAAGUGUGUACUCUGAGUGACUUGCCUAA